UGGAAAUAAAAAAGUUCAUUUUUUUGGAAUUUCCGAACAAAAACCCACUAAGCAAAGUUUUCUCCCAAAGUUUCCUUUCGUAACUGUAACAUAUAGAGACAUAAAUCUCAGAAUCUUGAUACCCAAAAAAACNAAAAAAAAAAAAAAAAAAAAAAAAAAAAAAGAAAAAAAAAAUCCCAUAAAAUUCUCUGUUUCUGUCUCUCUUGAAUCAGCCUUCAGUUCGCCACACCUCCUUUUGUCUCUCUGUAUUUCUCUGUAAAUGCCAGGGGACGAUUACAAUGUUGACUCAUUCACAGCAUUUUUCGAAGGCUGGCUUCUCCGCCAACAACAAUAUCUCGACGAGCUUCUGACAGCCACGCGCCGCCAUCCCGACGACGCUGCGGACAACGGCGAUCUCGAUGAUUUAAUUUCUCGAACCCUCAGCCACUACGAGGAAUAUUACGAGAAAAAAUCUAGAAUUGCCCAAAGGGAUAUUUUUCUCGUUUUUUCCCCCACUUGGUUCACCACCUACGAGCAGAGUCUGUUGUGGAUCGGCGGAUUCCGGCCGGGACUGAUUUUCCGGCUCGUCAACGAGUCCAUAAACGACAUGUGGGACGAUCAAGUGUUGAGAAUUGGGCGGCUGAGGGAAGACGUGAAGGUCGAAGAGCGGAUGCUAAACAAUGACUUAGCGAAGAUUCAAGAAAAAGUGGCGGCGCCGCCGUUGCUGGAGUUUUUCCGGAGGCAGAGCCACGACGGCGUUACUGGUGGGACCGAAAUGGAGGCGUUGAAAGCGGCGUUUCAGUCGGUGCUGGCGAGUGCUGAUUUUUUGAGAAGAGAAACGGCGUUGAAAGUGGCGGAGAUUCUUACGCCAGCGCAAACCGUAAGAUUUUUGGCCGCCGUGGCUCAGCUUCAUCUUAGAAUCAGAGCUUGCGGGUUGCAGAAGGAUGCCGAGAGACGAGACCCCGGGUGUGGGGGUGUGCAAUAAGAGCUGGUUUGAUAACCGUUCGUUUUUUUAGUUUUUCCGUUAAAAAAAAAAAAAAAAAUUACGUUUUUAAAAAGCUAUGGGUGUUUUCUGGCCAUUUCUUAAACACGGAUAAUUUCUGAGGUGAGAUUUCGCAAACAAAAUCUGAAAGUAACGUUUAAAACUUAAUUCAAAAAAUCGUAUAGUUUUGGUGGUGUGUUUAUUUGUUUUUUUCUUUUUGGCUGCGAGAUUUUUAAGGUUAGAUUCGUUUGGAUUUUGAUGUGUUUGCUGGGAAUGGAUUUCAUGACGUUUGGUGAAAAUACAUAAUUUUGUUCUUUUUUUA